AAACAACCAAAAUAUCAAUUAAGCAGUUGACAUCCCAUGGCCAGUGGUAUGCUUCCUAGCGACCCGCAACUAGGGCAGGCCCCCCGCCGCCGUCGUCGGGUCCUGCUGAUUUCUCUUGGUGCACUGUGCCUCAUCGUGGUCGGUGCUUUAGCCAUUGGCUUCGGAAUUAAGGGCAAAGACAACGAUAAGAGCAUAUCAACGCAUGGCAAUAAGCACGGGCCCGCGACGGAAGUGGUUUCUUCAAUGGCUGACACGAAGAACACGAUCGUCCCCUCCGCACCCGAAUCAGCGCCGGCUACUAUUGUGGAGCCCGUGAAAGCUCCUGUUUCCGAGUCUAAGCCUAGUGCUCCCGCGACUACCACAAAGGUAGACGACUCUGACAAGAUCCUGACGUUUGGGGACGGAGAGAGGAACCCCCUCGGUCCUUUGUUCGGUGCUCUGCCUGGCGCUGCGGCUAUCAAUGGCGCUUUCAAUACCCUGGCUGCCAGCGCUGCCAAUCUGGCUGGCUUGCAAGUCUGCUAUCCUCAGAAUGGUGAGGAGCUGAAAGGGAUGACGGAAAGCGGGAGCUCCUGCAGCGUGAUCAUUUUGAAGAAGGGAUCGUCCGACAAGUACACUCUACCCUCGACUGUAAUCGUAACCUCUCGAAAGAUCGUCUUGGGUCAUCCCAUCGACCUUCCGCAGAUCCAUCCUGACAAUGGAGUGUACCGCCUUUUCGAGGUGAAGCCUGGCGGCAGCUUGGAUAUUCGUUUCGUGAGCCUCUUCCGCCCGUCUCCACGGAAGGUUGACGACAACCUCAGUGUUAUCGUUGCGGGCGUUGCGCUUGUGGAGCUGGGGGGCUACAUGCGGGGCACAGCUUGUAUUUUCCGACAGCCCGCGCAAACAUUUGAAGGUUUCGUGAAAUCACUCGAAACCCCCUUUGCACGCAAACGCAUUGUGGGUGGUUUCGUCUUGGUUCUGGGAGGGACUUUCUUUUGCUAUGGAUGUCAAGCUGUUCGCUGGGCACCUUACGGGUCGCCUAAUGUCAAUGUUGUCCAGAUCGGACGGGAUUAUCUAGUCAUGGCCGGCUCGAAUGUGUGCAUCGGAUGCUAUCACGUUGCCUAUUCACCCUACGGUUCUGCAAUCAGUGUGGGAAAUGCCAUGGGAGUCUUUGGUGGCGUGAAUAUCCGAAUUGGAGGCGGAACGAUCGGAUCCUCCGUGCUAAAAGGACAGUUUGGUGCUGGACAAAAUAUAUUCGUCGGCGGCGGAGUGAUUGUGAAUGUGGGUCACCAGCAGCAGACUGCUUUUGUCUGCCUCAUUCGUGCAGGAUAUGCCAUGACUGCUGUUGGAUCAGGAGUAAUGGUGCUUAUUGCAGAGCUCGAAAAUCGUGCUUGGGGUGUUGCCGCUAUCAACGGUGCUGGUCAGGUGUACGCAAAUGGAGCUGGAGUCCUUGACAAGACCGGAGGAGAAGUUGUAAAUUGUGCAAGCUCUGUCUACCAGGCCAUUGUGGGUGGAAGUUCUUAUCUUGGCACUGGAGACAUGAACAUUGUGGGCGAGCAGUAUGCCCGUGUCACGGUGACCCUGGAUCAGAAUGGUGUCGGACUGACCUUCUUCAACGGUGCGGGACAGACAAGUUUGAUUUAUGUGCCAAGUUUCGUGUCGGCAGUUGUCCGUUCGCAGAAGAUUCUCGGCGCUGAGGCAUUCUUAGGCGCUGGUUUCUUCACGAACGUCAACAAUACACGCUGGACCAUUCAAGUGGUGAAUGCCGGUAUUCCCGGAUACGAGGGGUGGAUUGGUCUCGGAGCUGCCCUCUUUGUCCGAUCCCGCACGACGGUCAGGCGUGUGGUCAACUUCCGCUUCAAUCCUUACGCAUGGGUAGUCAACGGCCAAGGCGUGCCUGGGUCUGCGUACCGCGAGAACAACAUUUUCGUCAACAAGGACGGCAUUCGCAUCAACAAGCCCAACCCGUCGAAGAGUCGUCUGCUUGCUGCCGUGGACGAGAUGGUGGAUGGUCAUCUCAAGUCCAAGAGGAAUACCCAGGGUCUCCUUGCGGGCAUCAAGAACUUUGUGGACCGUCCGGCCGUCGUGAUGGCGAACAGCGAGAUGGACUCGGCGCGCAUGCGUCCUCCCGAUCCCCAGAUCUUGGCCGGAAAGAUCCUGUCCAUGGUAACGUCUCUGAAGCACAAGCGCCGUCUUCAGGGUCAAGCCGUCGUCAAUCCUACGCGCAUGAUGAACAUGUUGGCUGGUCUAUCCCCAGCAAAGCUUAUGGAGGCCUGGAAGGAGGCUACAGAAGAGACCAACAGGAACCCCCUGCUCAGCUUGGUGCAAGGCAACAGCCGCGCGUUGGCCGAGACCGCCGAUCCUACGGCGGUGGACGAGAACGGUCGAUGGGCCGAGCAGGUGUACGUGGGCGGGAAGGAGACCCAAUGUGUCAUGUGCGGUGUGGGCCCGGGGCCUUCGUCUUCUCACUGGUCGACAGGAGGGAACGACACUGCGACUUGCCACGUGACGGAGGAGUGCACUUCCCGUAGCUCAUUCCGGGACAUUCUGGCAGCGGCGAAGAAUGCGUUGCCGCAAAACGAGGAGCUGGUCUUGCCCCCUGUGGCGAAGGGCGUCGCAAAGGCGCUUGGAUCGACGGAUCUCGCGCCCAAGUACACUCGUCGCAUCUUGCAGAUGAUGGAGGAGCACCAGGAGGCGAACCCUGGAGCGGAACCCAAGCUGCCCGACCACAACAUCCUGGCGUACGAGUUGUCUCUAUACUGCAAUGCUGACGACGCAGACUGCAGCUUCAACCAGGCGGACAUGAAGGCGGCAGUGAAGCUGUUCCUGGGCGAGCAAGCGGACGAGGAGUCAGCAUUCAAUGUCGCAGCUUCCACGACAGAUGUGCAUCCUGCUCUCAUCGACUACGUGAAAGAGGCAAGCAGCGAGUUUUUGGAUUCUGUGAAGGCCCCGUCCCACGGCAGCGGAUGUGGCAAGGGACUGAAGUUCAACGUGCAGAUGACGGCGCCGGACGCGGCCUCUGUGAAAGACUUGCAGAAGAUCUUCGAGGGCGUGGCCAGCAAUGGCGAGUCCUUGCUUGAUACGAUCAACAAGUACGACGAGCGUGACGUGCCGUUCUGCGACGUGAAGGUUAGCAAGCCAUCGACGCUCUUCUUCCCG